AUGGAUUUUGUACUGUUCCAGUAUGGGUUCUUCUGUCUGUCGCUGGAGGAGCUCAUUGUCAGCAAGUAUGACAGAGACACGUGGCUCAAAAUUCUUCGGAGAAGUCACGUGAAGCUGCACGGAGGGUCCUUCCUCCUGCACAAACAGUACCCUGACGACAUGUUGUUGAAGCUUGUACAGGCAGCCAGCGAAACCCUCAGUGUGUGCGCGGAUGACCUGUUGGAGGAACUUGGCUCCCAUUUCCUCAGCUAUUGUCUCGAACGAGGAUACGAUAAAAUGCUGCGAGUUCUCGGCUCGAACUUAUCCGAUUUCCUGAGCAACCUCGAUAACCUGCACGACCACGUGACCGUGUCCUAUUCGAACAUGAAGGCACCAAGCUUCCGUGUCACUCCGGGCCCCAACGGAUCCAUUCACCUGCAUUACUACUCGACACGGAAGGGUCUCCAGGGCAUAGUGCGAGGCUUAGUGAAGACAAUCGCUCGAGACUUGUUCGAUACCGACGUGAGCAUCGGCAUCUGUCGGGUGCUUGAGCAGGCCGGCGAGCGAUAUCAUUUCCUAAUGGAAAUUUCGGAUAACUCACUCCUCAAGGCCAACACUUUGCAGGUGGCCGCAGCAGAGCCAGCGAGACGCGGCAGUGGAGGAAGCAGUUGUGGAAAUAGGAGCAAGCGGUCAUCAUUUGCUUCGGCACAUAUCACUGACCAUUUGAGCAAGCAACCCUCGGACCUCUGCAUUUCUCCACGAACCCUUUGUACAGCACUCCCCUUCCACGCACUGUUCGAUAGGGACCUGACCAUAUUAGAGAUAGGAGACUCGUUACGUGAGAUGAUCAGAGAUGAUGUGUUAUCAUCGCCUAGUGUGAAGCUGACGGACGUCUUCAACAUCGCACGACCACUUCUAGAUGUGUCGUUCGACUCAAUUCUCGACUAUCUCAAUCAAGCAUUUGUUGCGACACUCCGGAAAGAAGCUGCAAGUCGACGGCCUUUUCAGGUUAACACAAAGCCUGAAGGCUCCACGGGCGGAACCGUGCGCUUCAAGGGUCAAAUGAUCUCGGUGCCCGAAAGCGAUUUACUCAUCUUCGUCGCAUCCCCGAGAUUCACCGAGAUUGAGGACAUGUCGGCGCUUGGAGUGUUCUUCUCAGAUUUCUCCGUGCACGACGCCUCGAAAGAUCUCGUCCUCUUGUCGCAUUAUCAGAAAGGCGAGCGAGAGCUCGUCGAAAAGCUGGACGAGGCCAGUAACCAUCUCAAGGUUCUCGAGACGAAGCUGCGCGACGACAAAAAACGCACCGAGGAUCUCAUUUGUUCAAUAUUUCCGGCCAAAGUAGCUCAUUGUCUGCUGAAAGAUCUCCCCGUUGAAGCCGAGCAGUUUCCAAUGAUUUCCUGUCUGUUUUCGGACAUUGUUGGCUUCACGGCUCUCUGCAGCAACGAGGCAGUCGUAGCCAUGGAUAUAAUUCGUUUGUUGAAUCGUCUCUAUGUUCAAUUCGACGCCCUCACCAACAUCCAUCAAGUGUACAAGGUAGAAACAAUCGGGGACGCGUAUAUGGUCGUCUCCGGGGUCCCGGAAGCCACAGCGGACCACGCCGAUCGAUUAGUGAGACUGGGUUUGGAAAUGGUCGCGAUAUCUCAUAGAGUCCACUCGCCCGUUCCAGGGCACAAACUCGAAAUCAGGGUCGGAAUUCACUCAGGGCCCGCCAUGGCAGGAAUAGUCGGCGUGCAUAUGCCACGCUACUGUUUAUUCGGCCACACCGUAACUUUAGCCAAUCGCAUAGAAGCACGAAGUUUGCCAUCGCAUGUCAACAUCAGUGCGAUAACAAGGGGUCUGCUGACGGAUGACGAAUAUUUCUUCCUCCAAAACACCAACAGCGCUGACCUUGAUAUUAGCUGUUACUUCGUGACGAGUACCUCCGGAUGUCGUUGGAAUUCCGAGGGCGAUCAGCUUCCCGUUUCCAGCGAAGAAGGUCACUUCCGUUCUCCAUCCACGUCCCCGCAGGCUGUCGGCUCAUCGCACUCAUCAUCAUCAUCAUCAGACUCACCACUGGUGAGUUGACACAAAUCGAUCGAAAGCGUUUCGAGACAGGGUAGUAUUCGUCAGCUCAUACGUGCCAGCAAAAAGUACGACCUGCCUUCGGUGUCCGACAUCAUCGGAUUGAACAAUGAACGACGACACGCCCAAGCCGAACUACAGGAAGAAAGACGGAACAGUCCCAGGGCCUCUCCCGUUGUGGGAAGCAUGGGAACUUCGAUGACGUUGGAUCUGCCAAAAAUAAUUCCAUGCAUUAUCAACAUCGACACUGUUCCUAGUCGCAGAGGGUCUCUUGACAGCGAGCACGGCGCCUCAUCCAGUGAGCACCACCGAAUAAAUCGCCCGUUUUGGAGCUCGGAUGGACUGGACUUUCCAUCAACGGGCAUGGUGUCGAGGAGCGACGAUCCGAGUACCACCGGUUUCUUGGCGUGUACGAUGCAUUUGCCCUCCGAAGCGAGCUGCGAUUUCCCCCGGAAGUUAUCCUCCAGUGAUCACUUAAGUGCCUUAGCAGCGAGCGCCGAAUUGGUACCGGUUGGGGGCGCCAAAGUCAAACCUGUCAGAACGAAAAGCUGUUACGCUUUCGGCUCGAAGGAUCGAACCGAAAGUAGUGACGGGGCUCGAGGUGGAGGGAGCCGUUUUCUUCAGAGCCUCAGAGAACGUCUGUUUGACAAAAGUGCAUUUCUCGCCAAACUAUUCCGAAGAUGA